GGUGCACUUAUAUGUUUGGGGAUUGACUAAUAUGUAUCAAUGUUUACAGACUCACGUGUUCCAAAGACCUCCUGUCUUUUCACGUUCCCUGAUCUUUGCAACUGCAUUUAUGAGUUUCUUCUCGGUUGUUAUAGCAUUAUUUAAGGAUAUACCAGAUAUUGAUGGAGAUAAGAUAUUUGGCAUCCGUUCUUUUACAGUACGUCUAGGGCAAGAGCGGGUGUUUUGGAGUUGUAUUUCCUUACUUGAAGUAGCAUAUAGUGCUGCCGUUGUAGUGGGAGUUGCAUCUUCCUCCCCAUGGAGUAAAUGGCUAACGGUUGUUGGACACAUCACUUUGGCUUCAGUUCUUUGGAUUCGUGCCAAAUCAGUUGAUCUGAAGAGCAAAACUGCCAUAACAUCCUUUUACAUGUUUAUAUGGAAGGUAGGAGCUUAUCCUUCUAACUCUAUUUGGAUUCACUUUUUAAAUGCUUAA